UUCUUCUUUUACACACUGGUCAGAUGGCUAUUCCAAAACCACCACCCUCCGGCCACUUGUCAUUUGCUCCCCACCUUGUCAAACUUUCCAUAGCACUUACAGUAUACUCUCUCAUUCAACCCAAUUUUCUCUAUCUGGCACUCCUCCUCAGCCUUUUCGUUAAUUUCUUUCGUCUUGCUUCCUUUCCCUCACGUGCUUUUCCCCACUCCUUUGCACCCCUUACGUGUUCCUCUUGCUUUGUCCACACCUGUACUCUCUCCACUGGCAGCAUCCCCAGUUUACCAAAUUGCCCAUGGCCUGCAGCUUAUACAACCCCACCCUCACCCUCACUCACACACACCAACAUAAAACCAUCCCCUACCUUCUCUGAAGACCAACCCUCGCUAUCAACAAGCGCUCUGUGUUCAUAGACAAUGGAGAACUUCAACCCACCAUCUAUCCCCUCUACAACCACCGUAACCUCUACUCACAAGACAAAUAACUCACAGUCCACUUGUGAACCAGUGAGUUGUUUGCCUUCAACUACUUGUAGUCCUUUGGCCACUCAGUACAGGUAUUACCCGGCGCAGUAUCUAGCACCAAAUCCAGGCCUGCAAUUCCCGCAUGCAAAUAAUCAUUACCUGUACCAUCAGGCCGGUCUCCAUAUGUAUCCAUUCCUGGUCGGUGCCCAACCGAAUAUGGUUCUUUCCAGAGAACAGGCCAGCCGAGACCAAUCAGGAUGGAUAUUGGAUGCACUUAUGUCCAAGUCUGCAAGAAAAGAGAGAAAGAUGGCGAGACAGAGGAGUCUCAGUUUGAGCAGAAACGCAGCCAACGCUGCAGUUUCCUGUACUUGUUCUCCCCCAUUGAGCAGGCAUCCUCCAUUUCAUGGGAAUGAUGGUGAUGAUGAUACUCGUGGAAUCCUUUCCACUUCAUCAUCUGGAAAUGGUGCUGAUUUGCAGGACACCAAAGAACAGCUCUACUUGUUCUGCACGCCGGAUAACAAGAAAUUGAGACCGCUUUUUAAGAAGGAGUUAAAGAAUAGUGAUGUUGGACCUUUGGGCAGGAUUAUACUACCAAAGAAAGAAGCGGAAAAUAACCUUCCAAUGCUCUCCGACAGAGAAGGCAUCCAGCUGACUGUCAGAGACGUACAUUCCAACCGGCAUUGGGAAUUCAAAUACAAGUUCUGGUCAAACAACAGAAGCAGAAUGUAUGUGUUCGAAUAUACAGGCGCUUUUGUUAGGAAAAAAAGGCUGCAGGCGGGAGAUUGCAUUUAUCUUUACGAGGAUGAAUGCAAGAACCUCUACAUCUCCGUAGAAAAGGUGCCAAGACCAGCAGAUGUAGCUGAGCCUUCCUCUUCUCAACAGCGUAAUACUACAACUAACCCUACAGAUCAAACCAUCAAGAUCGUCCCCAACAUCAACUCUAGCCUCAAAACCAACACCACCGACAACAACAAAACGAACACCAACAACUCUGCCAACACAAACACCAACACCAACACCAACACCAACGCUAACACUCCCAAUGCCGAUGCCAAAACCCUUAGAAGUAACCCCUAUGCGGCCUCAAACUUAUCUUCACCUUCACCAUAUACCUACGUAGCUGGCGACGAAGAAGACGAAUUAUCUCUAGAACAACUUGUGGAACAACUUAAGCAAGAUCAAGAAGCUAACAUCUUCGCGGAUGCUUUGUCUAUGGUCUCUAGAGACUAUAGGGAACAUGAGGAAGCUACUACUUUGUCCAGCAUCGCUGCUAGCCAUAUUGAGACAUCUACCCAACCACCAUCCACAUUGGCUGCAGGAAUCGAUCCUUCAUCAUCAUCAUCAUCAUCAGAGACUAGAGCAACGAUGGGGAUGGUAGAUGAGGAUCACUUUGAGCUCGAUGACUGCUACAAAGGCCUUGGGAUGCUCCCAGAAGUCAACCGCUACAAAUGCAUAUGACUAUCGUCUCUUUGAUCACAACGGGACGAGGCCACGGCGGACAAUGACAUGACUUAGCCGGGGAUCAGCAAGGACCGUAUGCAAAAAAAUGUGACUGCGUGGUUGAGUACUUUUUUCUGGCACAGGAUAUCUCAUCAAUUAUUUCAUAUGCUUGAGAAGAUAUAUAGGAAAAGCAAAUUAUUUAUGUCUUGUUAAUUUUUACAUUCUGAUGUCAAUUGUAUUCUCAAAUGGAAUAAUAUUAAAGUAUUUUUGUACUUCUA